AUGGCCGAGAACGGUGAGGAAGAGUUUAGGGAUUUCGAACAUGAACUGAACAAGAUCAGAUUCCGGUGGCACUCGGUGGAAGAUAAUGGUGUGGAUUAUUGGCAUGGGGAUCGGAGCGAGGAUCCUAGAGUUAGGGUUUCGAAUAACGACGGUGUUGAAUCAAAAUCGCAGGAACGGAGGAAGAGUAACGGAGUUAGGUCUUGGCUUUUCGAGUUAGGUCUGAGUAGGUAUGCGCUUAUGUUUGAGAUCCAUGAGGACGAUGAUGAGUUGCUUCCUAUGUUGACAUUGGAGGAUCUCAAAGAUAUUGUGAUCAAUGCUGUCGGGUCUAAAAGGAAAAUGUACAAUGCAAUCCAGAAGCUAAGAAGGUGA